AUGCCCCGGGGCCGGGCCGCCUACCUGGGUCAAGGUCGCGGCGGUCCCGUCCCGUCAGCGCCGCACCUGCGGAGGGCACAGGAGGCGUCGGGCGCGGGGCCGGGAACCCCCCGGGACCCCGCGGGCCUCAGCGGGACUGGGCCCCUCGCCCCGCGACACUGCGGCCCGCUCGGGCCCGUCCCCGCCGCGGCCCCCUCACCCUCGACACCGCCCGGGCCGGUCCGGUCCCUCCGGCCCCGCGCGGCCAAGGGCGGGCGGCGGCCCGGACACCCCGGCACGGCGGCAGAAGGGCGGCUGGACCCGCCCCGAGGCUCGCCCCGCUCCCCGCGUGCCCCGCUCCCGGCGUCCCCAUUCCCGGUGUUCCGGCGCCCCCCGGCCCCUCCCGGUCCGCGCCGGUGCCGCCGCUCACCGCCCGCCCCCGCCACGGGCCCCGCGCUCCCGACGCCAUCUUCCCGCCGCGCCCGACGCACCGCGCGCGCUGGACACGCCCACCGCGGCCCGGGACACGCCUACACGCCUCGAUGGGCGGGGCCCCCCGGGAAAGCCCGAGAGCUCAUUGGCUGUGCUGGGAAUCUCGGCACUGAGAACCCCAGUACGGGCACCACCCGUAACGGGCCACCUCGCUGUACUGGGACACCCCGAACUGUGCACCCCAGUACCGGCCGCACUGCCACCCCCCGGAACUGGACCCUGGACCCCGCCGGGGACUGGCACUACAGGUGGAUCAGCCUCAUGGUGCUGCCCAUCCUUUACAACUGGGUCGUCCUCAUCCUCAGGUGCUGCUUCCCCGAGGUGCAGGAGGCACACACGGGGCUGUGGCAGGCCCUGGACAGGCUCAGCGAUGCCCUGUACCUGCUGGACAUCGCCGUGCACUGCCACACAGGUUUCCUAGAGGACGGGAUCCUGGUGCGGGACGUCGGCCGGACGCGGCGGCGCUAUCUGUGCUCCUGGACCUUUCCCUGGGACGUGGCGGCUGUGCUGCCCACCGAGCUGCUCUGUCUGCUCCCAGGGGUCCCAAGGGUCCCAGGGGUGCCGGCGGCACGUGCCAACCGCUGCCUACGGGCGCCGCGACUCUUCGAGGCCUUUGACCGGCGCGAGACACGCACGGGAUGGCCCAACGCGUUCCGCGUGGCCAAGCUGAUGCUGUACCUGCUGCUGGGCAUCCACUGGCACGGCUGCCUCUACUUCGCGCUGUCGGCUCGCCUGGGGCUGGGCGACGACCCCUGGGUCUGCCCCAGCUUCCCCCGACCGCUGCGCCGCUACCUGCACAGCUUCUACUUCUCCACGCUGGUCCUGGCCACGGUGGGCGACACGCCGACGCCGCAGCGCGAGGAGGAGUUCCUCUUCCUCACCGCCGGCUUCCUCCUGGCCGUGCUGGGCUUUGCCACCAUCACCGGCAGCAUCAGCACCGUCAUCGUCGACCUCAGCACGGCCGCCUCCGCCUUCUACCCCGACGCGGGCCCGGUGCGGCGGUACCUGCGGGCGCGGGGCGUGGGCGGGCGGCUGCAGGGGCGCGUGGAGCGCUGGCACCGGCACCUGCGGGCGCAGCGCAAGCUGCCGGCCGAGCGGGACGCGCUGCGGCACCUGCCGCGGGGGCUGCGGGCCGAGGUGGCCGCCGGCGUGCACAUGGCGGCCCUGCGGCGCGUCGGGCUGUUCCGCAGCUGGGAGCAGGGCGUGCUGCGGCAGCUGGUGCUGCGCCUGCGACCGCAGGUCUUCGGCCCCGGCGAGUUCGUGUGCCGGCGCGGGGACGUGGGCCGCGAGAUGUACUUCAUCCGCGAGGGCCGCCUGGCCGUGGUGGCCGAGGACGGUGUCACGCGGCUGGCCGUGUUGGGCGAGGGGCUCUACUUCGGGGAGAUCAGCCUCAUCAACAUCAAGGGCAACGCGGCAGGGAACCGGCGCACGGCCAACAUCCUGAGCAUCGGGUACUCGGACCUAUUCUGCCUGGGCAAGGAGGACCUGGCGGAGGUGCUGGCCGAGUUCCCCUGCGCCCGUGCCGCCAUGGAGGCCAAGGGCCGGGAGCUGCUGCUGCGCAUGGGCCAGCUCAACACCGGAGCGGAGGCGGCGGCGCUGGCGGCCGAGGCCGAGGCGGAGCGGCGCCUGCAGGGGCUGGAGGUGGCCCUGGAGGGGCUCCAGACGCAGGCAGCCCGACUGCUGGCGCAGCUGGAGGCCGGCGCCCUGCGCAUGGCCCUGCGCGUCCAGCGCCUCGAGGGACGGGCACUCCUGCGGCAGCAGCGACGGGACAGAGCGCGGCUGCCGCGGGACGGGGACCGGGACGGGGAAGGAGCCGGGGCGGGGACGGGUCGGGGUCAUGGAGUUUCGGAGCCGUGA